AUGAAACCGGUGCCUCAGCUGCUGAAGGCAGUCACAGCUUCAUCAACUCCAAGGGUGGAAUUUUCUGUGUUUCUGACACCAUGGAAAGUGUGUGUACAGCCAGAAGCAGUCCUCUUGCGAACACCAAGUGCCCGAAUUAAACACCUCACACGGACCAUAGAUGAGACCAGCAGAUUUCCCAAGUUAGACGAAUGUGCACAUUUUCACUACGAUAAUGUAGAACUUGGCCCUCUAGUGAUACACUUAUGUGAUGAACGACCCGAUUUCACCAAGAUUCCACCAACACUAGCCAAUGGAACUGACAAAGAGAAUGAAAGUAGCAAGAUGUGGUUUUGUGUGGAAGUAGCAUGCAACGGCCGCUCCUGGACUGUAAGGAGAACUUAUGAAAAUUUCCAAAUGCUUGACAAACAACUGCACCGAUGUGUGUAUGAUCGAAAAUUUAGUUUUCUUACAGAACUUCCAACAGUGGAUAGGCUUCCAGAUGACAUAGAGAAACGACAGGAGGCUUUACGUAUAAUACUAAGGGAAUACCUCAGUCGCUUCUCAAACCUUGCUGGAAGCUUAAUAAGCUGUGGACCGGUUCUUAAUUGGCUUGAGCUCGACAACCGGGGAAACCGGCUGAUUGUAACGGAUGAGGCUGCUAUCAACACUCCGGCGAUAGCUGGUGCGUACGUCAUCAAAGGGUAUACGGCGCAGGCUCCUGACGAAAUAUCAUUUGAAAUUGGAGAUAUGGUAUCAGUGAUUGACAUGCCACCACCUGAGGAAUCUACAUGGUGGAGAGGAAAGCGAAGAUUUGAGGUUGGAUUUUUUCCCAGUGAAUGUGUUGAAGUAAUUGGAGAAAAAGUUCCCCAGGUGUUCAAGAUACCAACAGCUCCAACAAAACCUGUACUGCGAAAACAGGGAAAACUCAUUGCUUUCUUCAGAUCUUUUCUUUUGUCUCGACCCUCAAGGCGGAAACUUAAACAGAGUGGUAUAUUGAAAGAAAGAGUGUUUGGUUGUGACCUGGGAGAGCAUUUGUUGAAUACUUCCAGAGAAAUUCCUCUGGUGUUAAAAUGUUGCACCGAGUUUAUUGAAACCCAUGGAAUUGUUGAUGGGGUAUACCGAUUAUCGGGAGUGACAUCAAACAUCCAGAAACUGAGGUUAGCCUUUGAUGAGGACAGAGCCCCAGAUCUUAAUGAUGAAGCCAUAUUGCAAGACAUCCAUUGUGUGGCAUCCUUGUUGAAAAUGUAUUUUCGAGAACUUCCAAACCCCUUGCUGACUUACCAUCUUUAUGAUAAGUUUGUGAGUGCUGUUCAAGCUGAAGAAGACCUUCGACUUCUAAGGUUGCGAGAUGUUGUUCAGCAGCUUCCUCCCCCCCACUAUAGAACUUUGGAAUUCCUUAUACGACAUCUAGCAAAAGUUGCUUCAUGUGGCAAUCAGACAUCAAUGACUCCAAAAAACCUUGCUAUUGUGUGGGCUCCUAACUUAUUGAGAUCUAAAGAUGUAGAAGGUGGGGGAGGAGUAGGAGCCCUACAUGUUGUUGGUGUCCAAGCAGUUCUCACAGAGUACCUAAUUCGCUAUGUUGAUCUCAUUUUUAAUAACAGGCUACCUGUAUUCCAGAGCCCAACUUGUGAACAAGAUUCUCCAAGGAAACAGCGGCCAAAAUCCCUUGCAAUUUCAACUCCUACAAAACUUUUAUCCUUGGAAGAAGCAAGAGUAAAAGCUCUUUCUUCCAAUCUACCCCUCUUUCAGCAAAAAUAUAUUGAUGUUGGAGGCGGACCUGAUAACCUCCCUGCUAAAUACCACACCAUUUUAGAGUUACCAUCAUCAAGCAAAAGGAGCAGUGGAAAAGGAAAGAAAUCCCCAUCUGGAUGGAAAUCUUUCUUCUCUCGAGGCUGGCACUCGGGAAGUACACGUGAAAAGGAUCGAGGUAGUCAAAGGCCAAUUUUAAACCCUAGAAAAGCAAGCACAGGUUCUCUGAAGUAUACAACCACAGUUUUACCCUUACAAGAAAAUACUGUGACAGAAACAGAUGGACAUUCUAAAAAACUGCGUGCUGUGAAGAGUGCAGAGUCCUUAAUCUCUUCGUUGGCUAGUAAUGGUACAUCUUGUCGUAACUCUAAAGUAUCCGAGUCAUCGGGCUCAGCAGAAGAAGAUAAUGUGAACUGGAGUUCUAGAAGUUCUAAGAAAAAGGAAAGCAGUCAACAUCCCUCUCCAUAUAAAUCACCUAAUGUGCAUAGCAGUCACAUUCGCUCUCUUUCACAUGAUUCUUACUUUGAAAAAUCAGUAGAUAUUUCUAACGAACAAAUUGAUGAGGAAAAUGAAGAAAAUGUAUUUCUGCAAAUCGAUAGUAAAUUAAAUUUUUCUUGGAAAGACGGUAACGUUGCAGAAACCAGAAGGUCAACAGAACUACCUUUUUCUUUGGAUACUAUGUUUAAAAAACUGAAAGAUACUGAAGUUAUGGCUUGUCAGGAAAAAUCUUUCUCAGUUGAUGGACAGUGUAAUAAAACAAAUGUUGAGGGUCUUUUUGAUGUUUUUUGUGUGGAAUCUCAAGAUGGUUUCCAAAAACAAAAAUUAAGAAGUUCAGACAGUGAUGUUUCAAGUUCGAAAAUGCAAAAAUUGAAUUUUCAAAAUUUUCACCAAGCCUUCAGUUCCCCCUCUUUUAGUAAGAAGCUAGAAUCCUCUGUGAUUUUUAAUGAAGAUGAUAGUUCUCCUAGCUUGGGUAAAGUAAGGGACAUUGAUUUUGUGCAAGGGAGUAUUCAAGAAACAAAAGAUUGGUAUGGUCAAACCUUGUCACUAGAUAUGCUGAACAAAAAGUAUUUUCCUCUUUCCACAGAAGAAAAGCCCAAGAAUGUCAUAAAUGAUCUUCAGGUAAAUAAUAGAAUUGAAGUACAUGAAAAGGCAGGUAAAGAACUGCCAGAAAAUAAUAGCUGCACAAUAGAAAAUGAUCUUGGUAAAAAGCCUGUCAAAUUGUUAACAAGCGAAGAAAGAAUGUCUCCUCCUGUAAGUGAUGCAGUUGGAGUUGAUGAUGGUGUGGGAAAAACAGUUGUGGAACGGUACGGAAAUGAAGAAACUAUUAUAGUUGAAGUACAUGCCACUCAUGAAGGUUCUUCUGAUGAGGAUGAAAAACUUAAUGAAAGUUAUCAAGUAGCUGGCAAUACACAACAGACUGCUACUGGGAAAAGUGAAGAAAAUGAGCUUCACAAAUUUCAAACACAAGGUAGUGAACAGAAACUUGAUUGGUCAUCAACUUUAGUUCAAAGUUUCUCAGCUGAGGCAACUCUCUCCAAUUCUGUCAGUCUAUCCCAGCUCAAUUCAAUUCAAGAUUCCAAAGAUUUUCAUCAAGAUAUUAUAAAUGUCACAGAUAAAUCCAGCAUAUGUCAUUCCUCUUCACUUCCAGAGGAAUGUAGUAUUAAUAAUUCAGUAGUGUUAGACCUUGUGAAACUUCCUGAUAAAGAUGCAGGAAAACGACAUAGUGUCGAGAGAGAGCUCCAAGCUCAAACUAGUCCUCUUAGAAACUUCUUUCCUGCAGAGUGUCCAAGAUUUAUACCUGAAAUAAACCAAACAGAUAGCAAAGAACCGAUGUUUUCUUCUUCUAGUGUAAGUCUAGAAGAUGGAGACCAAGAAAUCUCUGAUGUAGAAGAACUUUUCAAGUACAAGCUGCUAGAUGAACAAGAAACACUGAAUACACCCAUAAACACAAUGCUUGUGAAGGAAACACUACCCUUAAAGAAUCUAGAAGUACAUGAAAUCAGCAGUGACUUUUCUAAUUUAGCUGAGAAAGACAAUAUCAGUACAGUUCAUGUGCCUCCUCCUAUUUUUCCUUCACAUUGCUCACUUGAAUGGAACAAAGAGAAUAAUGUAAAAAGCUGUCCAGUUGAAGAAGAAUCAAAAUGUUCAGAGACAUCUAGAAAGAACACUCAUACAACAACCAUAGACAAAGAUGUACAUCCAACUUUCUUCUCAGAUAAUCAUGAAUGUUCCAAGCCACAAGAAGCUCUUAUGAAACAAAAUUCUUGUGCUGAAGAAGUCUGUAAUAAAAGCUUACAAAUCAACUCUCAUGUUAUCUCAAAGGAACAAGUUGAGUCACAUCAUCAGAAUGCAUCAGAUUUUGAAAGUGAGGUUUCAUUUGAAAUGCAUAUUAAUGAAACAUAUUCAAGUGCUCAGAUCUCUAAUAUUACCUCUGAUCAAAGAUUUGAAGUUUCUGACAGCCAACACCAGUAUUGGUCUGAUUCUGCUAUAGAGAAGUGUAGCAUUUAUGAACAGUCUUCUUCAGAAGAAGAAUCCAGGUGCAAGUUUGAUUCAGAAAUUGGGCAAUCAAUAAAAAGAGAUUAUCAAAUGAGGAUAAAAAUGGAACAAUUACAAGCAAAGAAUAACAAAAAAUAUCCUCUAAGCCCGAAGAGGUCAUCACCUUGUGACUCCAAAUUUUCAACACCACCCAAACAAGCACAAAAGACUGAUUCUUCUAAAGAACUUAUCAAAGAUGAAAAGAAAAUACUGGAUGGUGUAGAACUUCGCAAGUGUCCAGGCAGACAAUUAGAGAAAUUUUCUGAGGAACAAGAAAUUGAAAAAAAAUGGAAUGUGAAUUCCCAUGUAACGUUUCAUGGAUCAAAUCGCAAUUCUAUGGUAACAGAUAGUAAACGCCUUUCAGAACCUGUUAUGAGCAGUUUGCAUCCAAAGUUCCUUCCUGUGGAUAAAAAAGACUCCGUAAGAACCUUACUCUCUAAAUUUGAAACUCCUUCUCUGAAAGAAAAUAAUUCUGUUAGUGAAACUGAUUUUCAAGAAACAGCAAGAAAUUGUUUAAAUGAAAGUUUAAAAAAGAACAAGCUUUCAUCAACUCAUCUUUUUUCCCAAAUCAAAGUCUUCAAGCCACAAUUUGAACAGCUCACAGGCACAACUUCAACCAAAUAUGAUCCCUUGUCAGAUCCUACCUUAGAAUGUGAUAUUAAUCCACAAGAUCUUCUACAAAUUCAUACAUCUGCUUCCAAUGGUGGAAAGCUUGAAGUUCAAAAAGCUCUCUCGUGGGGCCCAGAGGAAAUGUCUGUAUCUAGUACGAACAAUGAAAACAAUUCCCUAGAUUAUGUAAAACCACAAACCUUGGAUUUUGAAAAUAUGUCGCACAAAGAUUAUAUGUCAAAACAAGAUAAUCCAAAAGCCUUAUCAAUUAGCAGUAUGCAAGACAAGGAAAAUAAAGAUACAAAAACCCAAGAAUUUUCAUUGCCACUGGGAAAGAAAGAAGUUUUGGAAAACCCUACUCCAUUAGUCUCUCAAAAUAGAAAAACAAAUAUUAGUCCAAUAAAGUGGCAUUCCUUUUCUCCUUUAAGCUCUCCAAUUAGAGAAGUGACUGCAUUUCCACCAGUAAAUUCCAUUGUUAUAAAUCAGAAGGAACAAGUUCAUUAUUUAAAAGAAGACCAUAGAAGUUGGGAUAAAGAAAUAUGGAAAUCAGAUAUCAUAAAUAAAAAUUCUAAUAAUAAACUGAGAAGAAUGAACUCAGAGCCAGAAUCUGGAUCUCAAACUAAUUUAGGACAAGCCACUUCACUGUCAUCUUCCAUAGAUAAUCAAGAGAACUGGACCAGUGCAUCUUCUCAGUCUACAUACACAAAAAAUGAGACACUUUCAGUUUUCGAAGACCAGGUGGAUAAGGAAGGAGGAGAAGUGUGGGUCAGAGAACGUGCACAAAGAUGGCAGAAACAUAUUUCGGAGAAAAUGGGUAAUGUUGUACCAUUGUCAUAUAGUUCUAAUCACUGUGGGCCCAAGUCUUUCUCAGAAGGCUUAAACAGUACAAGUAAACUCAGUGGGUCACCCUGGAAAAGGGGACAAAAGCCUCCCAUCUUGGAGAGACAACUUCUCAAGUCACCAGUAAAAAAAACAUCAGAAAAUCUACCAGCCAAACCAAAACCUAUCCCUGCUCCAAGAACAAGCCUUGUUAAAAAAAACAUGACUUUAGAUGAAGAAGGCUCAGAACAUGUGCCAAAAGUAUCUUUAUCAGAAGAAACUACAUGUAGAGUAGCUAGUGUAGACACAUGUGAAGGUGGCAUAGCUUCUUAUCGACAAGUUCUGUCAGCUCCAAAAUGCAUUCGAGAUCGAGCUGCCAUGUUUGAACACUCAGCCACUUCACCUCAGAAGUCAUUAGCUCAAUCAUCAAGCAUUCAUUCUUCAAAAAGUUAGUGGCAUAGUUAGGUGCUUUGUUGUUGAUCAACAGAACCUAUUCUUUCUUUUUUUUUUAAUUAUCUGUACAGAAACAUUUUGUUAGACAAAUGUAUCUACAUGCAGAGCAUGUAUGGUAGGAAAAGUGGUUUAAUGCAUCUUUAGGACUCACUAGGUGAAUACAAGGACCAAUGGAGAACUUGUGUGCUACAGUGUGAAAAUAUUCAGUUAAGUAAAGAAAGAUACAGUCUUCCAUGGUGCGAGUUUUUACCAGGAUUUCUCUCUAAUAUGUUUGUGCAAAAUUAGGUAAUAGCAUUCCAUAUGCUGUUCAGUGAAAAAAAAAUAGUGUUGUGGUUCUUAUAUCAUUCCAUUGUUCCAACUAAUUUCUUUUUCAAUUUUUUUAGCCUGAACUUUGUACUAUUAUUCUUUUAACUUUGUAAUAAAUAAAAAAUAUCUUCUGAAGCAAAUAUUCACAUUACUUAAUAUAUAAAAAAAAGAAAAUGCAGUGUACAGGUAUUAGAAGAGAAAAAAACAUGAAGAAUCAAGUUUUAUAAGUCAAAAAGUUGAACAGUUUCUAAAUUAUCACUUGAUAUUGUUUAAAUGAGCUGUGUGCUUUUAAAAAGUUAAUAUUUGUAACAGAGACGUGUUAAUUUAAUCCCAGUAUUACAAUUUUACAUGAAAGUGUAAAUAUACUGGUUACUACAGCAGCCCAUUUACUGCAUAAUGUCAUUUCAGAACUUAAAUUAUUAUUUCCUGUGUCAUUUGGAAGAGGUUAUGUAAGAUGCUUGUGGCACAGAGGAACUUUUACUCCUAAUAUACCAAUGUGACAAAGAAAAAACAAAAAAUAAUAAUUUUCUGUGUUUUUUUUUUUCUUUUUUUGAAAAGGUAACUUUUUGUAUUUGAAGCAUAGCCUUCCAGUUUAAAUUUUAGGUUAGUUUUAGUAAAAUAAGAUCAGUUUUCACUGCUAUGCAAAACACUGACAAUUCAGACAUAGUAUUAUUAACAUUAGUCUGCUCAGUAUUUCUUAUGCAAAUUAAAAGACCAUGGUAUAAACUUAUGACAGUGAAAUAUUGUAUAUGUAUUUAUUUUCUCUCAAUAUCUUGUGUAUAUUUUGAAGCUAGUGUAUAUUUGUAGCAAAACUUACUAUGGAGUAAGUACAUUUAACAAUUGUUUUAAAUUUUUUGGUAUUAAUUUGUUUUGCUACUUUCAUUGUAAAAUAUACUUUUUCACAUCUAGUGUUUUUUUUCCCAUCACUGUCUUUGCUGUAAAUGUGCGUGUAGAUAUAAUUUUGCUUUCCUUAAGUCAAAACCUGGAUGUACUUUGUUUACAUGAAUGUGAUAUUGGGAUUAUUUCCUGCUAGUAAUGUAGAAUAUUUUUGCAGUUUCAUAUGAUAAAGUAUGAAGCUUUUGUCAGAUGUUACAAUAAUAACCUUAAUUGACUGCUGAACAACUUUUUGAAAACAAAACAAUUCAACAUUGAGUUUGUAUUGUUUAUGUGAUUGUAAAUAUUAAAUAUUUCAAGCACCUAAAUUCUAUGGUUGUAUAUCUGUUAGAUAAAUGUAUCUUGUAUUUCCUUUUUUCUUGUAGAGGUCAAAAUAUUUUAAUUACAAAAACUUGAAUGUAAUAGUAUAUAUGUUCAAUAUACUUCCUGUUUCAAACUUAGGAAGUUGAUACUCAUUAUAAAUGCAUAGUAAUGUAAUGGUGAUUCCUUUUUUCCUUGCAGUGUUAUGUAUUUACAAGGUUUUUGUGGUACAAUAUGUUGUAAAUUCAGAAUUUCAUUUGAAAUGUGAAAAUUCAGACUUUUGUGGCAACUUUCUAGCCAAAUAAAGUACGCUGAGAUAAGAAAUAGGGCAAAAACUAGCAACCUAACAUUUUCUUAAAUGGCAUGCCAACAUUUUUAUCUUUAGUGUUAGACAAACUAAUUCUUAGUCUAGCCAUAGCCUUCUGUAACUUAAACUUAAUGGUGUUAUAAAAUAUCCAUGUAUAAAAUUCAACUCACUCUAAAAAUUAGGGAGAGGAAGAAAAACUUAAAAGCAAUGCCAGAAAUCCUUUUUUGUUCCUUGUCACAUGUCUAUGGAGAUAAUCCAAAUAAGUAAACUGUACUGUUGAAAUUUUUCAAUAAAUACACAGCCAACAAAAAUAGAAGCAUUACAUUGCAUAUUUUACAAGUAAUGUUCAAACUUCAGUACAGGAAUUAGAAAACUUCUGUUAUGUAUUCAAACCUAAUUGCCAUCUUAAAGAUGACUAUUUUGUUGAAAUUUGGUUUUAAUCUGUAUUAUUUUUGUGGGAAAGUAGCAUAAAAAAUAGAAUAUAAAGGGAGACUGUGAAUAUUGGCAGCCUUUUAUUUAACAUUUAAAAACUAAUAUACUUAAAGCAGCUCAACAGCUCUUGUACUGGAAGCUUGAUGAUAUUAAUAACAACACAAAAUAGUAAAAUUAUAAGAAUAAACAAGAUAAUAUAUCAAGACUGGUUUGUUACAGGGUAUGCCUUUAUUACCUUAAACCAUUGAUGAAUUUCUUUUUGUGUACCAGGUAUGUGCUGUACUUGUUUUAUGUCACAAAUUGUAUCUGGUGAUAGUUUAAGGUGGUACAUGUGUUUAAAAUUUAAUUUAUAACUACUUGAAAUGAAAAGGCAAACAUAUAUAUAUAUAUACAAACACACACAAGUAACUUGUGGCAGGCAGAAGAAAGUGUGUAAUAGUAGUAUUUCAUAUCUUCUUCUCUGCCACAAGUAACUAAACAAAAAGACCUUCUGUUGAAUAACAGGAUAAUGUCUUAUGGCUGACAAAAGAUAGAUACCUAGUGUGCUGAUUUGAAAUUUGUAAUGGACUAAUUAAGUGGGAAAAAACAUCUGGAGUCAAGCUUCGGGAUCCAAUUUUCAGCCACCUAUCAGCAUUUAACAUCAUAUAACUUUUAAAAUGUGGAUGCUUAUAUGUUAAGAAAAGACUGUUUCCAGCACAUUGAAAACUUUAAUGUGGUUUGAAUUAAAACCAGUGUUCACUAUGAAAAUUUGCUUAAACUUUUUUUCAUAUGGACUGAGUAUUAUAUAUAUAUAAAUAAAGUGCAGGUAUUUUUGUAAUGCAACUACUCAAAUAAUUUUCAGUGAUAUAUAUAAAUACAUAUGUAAUCAGCUGAAACUUAAUAAGGCUUUCAUGUGAAAGGUUAACACAAAAAACACAACCUUCUGGGGAAAACAUUAUAGUAUUAUAUAAUAGGAUGCGACUUCCCCAGUACUGAGAAUGUAAUAAAAUAUAUUUAAGUAUUGUGUUAAGUGACUUAGUUGAGUUUAUCAUCAGAAAACUGUGAUGCCAGAAUGCAUUAAAAAAUAACCAAAGAAAGAACAUUAGUUUAACAAUACAGAUUGUGAUUUCUUUGUUAAAUGAUAUUUUAUGUUGUUUUGGAAGCGAUGUAAAAUGUGUGACAGCUGUAACUUUUUGAUGUCGUUAUGUUUUGGUUGAGUGCAUCAAAUAGGUUUGUCCGUGAACGUGGUUUUCAAUUCGGGACUUUUUUGAUAGAGGUAAAAUAACUUGACAUUAAAUUUAUUAGUCAUACUUUUACCCUGAGCUCAUAACGAUAGUAUGUCAUUCAUUGAUCCGUAGUUUUUCCUUUUUUUUCUAGUUCUAAAUACCAUUUGAAAUGGGAAAUGCCUUAAUACUGAUAUCCAGAGUGUAAUAUUUGUAAAUAGCACAACAUUUUCAGGCCAAACUUUUUUUUUCGUUAAGAGUAUUACUAAUUAAUUUAAUAUACACGAUGUAUUUGCUUUUUCCGGUGGUUGUAGACUUGUGUAUUUGAGAAAUAAAAUUCAUAAUAUAGUAA